CAUUUCCGUGUCUCUCGCAGUCUCGCUACCCCCCCUCACCCCGCACACGCCUCUCUCUCUCUCUCUCUCGUUUCGACUGAGUUCCAAUGGCAUGGAAGGGAUGGACAUAUCGCAGAUUCUCCGUUAUAGCUACUCGAGUCUUUUUCUUACUCAUAAUAUUUCAAAUCCCUCUCUUUAGGAUACAAUGCCGGUCUGGUAUGUGCACAACACCUAUACAGGUGACGGCAUCGCAGUUAGUCGCAAAUCAAGUAUUUCCACAACCUGUUGUGAAGGCUCUCCUCUACCCCGGUGCAAUACUAAAUGGCAUUUAUACCAACUUGACAUUUCCAAGCUGGGACAAUCUGCUCCAAAUAUACAACCUCACUAAUAUUAAUAAUGCUUCUGCAGUAGUUGAUCUUCAGCGCCUCGAGGUUCUUGCAGGAAGCUACUUCGCGGUCGCCGGCGGUAUAAUAGGAAUCUUGAAUCCUGGGAGAAUGAGCAUGUUUGGUACUCUUCUAGUGGUUUGGGGCUUGGUGAAGGAAGGAAUACUAGGAAAACCAGUUGCCACUGAUCCAGAAAAGGCAGUUUAUGUGUACCCAACAAUGGUGAUUGCACUCAUAUGUGCUGUAUGUUCGGUGAAGUCUAAUCCCAGGAAAGCUAGCAGAACUAGUAAUGCUCAACCCACUGCGAAGCCUCUGAAGAGCUCAACAAAAUCGAAGUUGAAUUAAAAGGAGCUUCUGAGAUGGUUUUAGUUUUAUUACUGUAUUUUAACUUUUCAAUCUGUAUGGAUUCUUAUGAGGUUUUACUGGAGUUUUCUUUUUGUGAGGCAGUGAAACUCUGGUCAUGUUUAUUAUCCAUUUGCAGUGCAAAGCUUGUAAUGUGAAGGCUGUUAUUGAAUGGGGGAUUUACAUGCAUAACAUUAUUAUUAUUAUUUUUUAA